UUUUGGUGCCUUGCCGAAAAGCUCAUUUAUUUUGUUGAUUUUUAAGUUACAGUUUUUUCGUUUGUUUCUUUCUUUCUUUCAAGAAAUCUGCAGCGAUGACUACUGAACUGGGUGUGAAUGAAGAAUAUGCAGCUGAGCAGACGGCUGAGAAGUCAGCUGAGACACUUCCCACAGAAGCAACUGAAGAUCCUCUCCAUGAACGCAAAACCAGCUUACUCCAACAGUUUAUCGAUCAGUCAGUCAAGGAAGAUGAAGAUAUAGCACAGAAACACUAUUUGGAUAAUUUGGACGAGUUCAUGGACGAGGACUCUGAGCCAGAUGAAGCUUCCAUUGAAGCUUCCAUUGACUCAGAGGACAUGGAUCAAUACCAUGAGUCCCCGUCCAUGAGCAGCACAGAUUCUAGAGAUUCCCACAGGGCAUCACAGCCGAAGGAAGUCAAACCAAAGCAGUUGCAAAUAGUGUCGCCAUUAAGCAAUGAUCUUGAUGAGCAUAGCCGAGACAAUGGGCGAUCUUCUGGGGUGCAAUUAGCACAACCUUCCGCUUUGCCAAAAAAGAAGCUGCUGAAUAUAAUUCAUUCGGAUGAUAUUUCGGAGAAUUUGUCUAUUAAUUCAACUUUAUCGAGUGCCUCCCAGAUUCAACAUGACUAUAUCCGCUUGCGAGGUAGUUUUCUAUUAUUUGGCGUAGCCAUACCCGACAUCAAUGAACUCACCGAAGGAAGUAGCAGCGAGCUGCUACCAGUGCAAAAGCAGGUGAACGAGUCUCCAAGAACGUUGAUAGCACCCAAAAGCAAUGCCGCUCUUCUUUCCGAGGACUACGAUCCGGACAGUCAGAAUGGAGAGCAUGAAGAACGCACGACAAUAAGCAGCUCCAGCGUUAGCAACGUUGUAUCUAUGUGUAGUUUGAGUGAUACAUUCAAGCCGAUCGAUGUGAAGCGAAAGAAGCUGGAAAUCGACGUCGAUUUCAUAGCUGAAAGAAUGACAGAGUUGAUGAAAAAAAAUGAGGUGCUGCUGAAAGUGCCCAAGGACGAAAGCGAUCAGCAGCUCUCUGUAUCGACUAGAAUUUGCAAACUAUUCAUGCGUGAGCUAAUCAGUCGGGCAGUCACUUACGUUGAGGACAGCACUGGGCGACUGAGUCGCAACCUCGAUAAGCACAAAUUGGCAAUGGAGCUCGUUUCGCUGAUGUCACAAAUCCGAGUUGAAGCGGACAAAAAGAACAUUUUGGACAGCGCGGUCAGCGAUCAUUUUCUGCGCAAGAAGCAAAUGAGUUUUAUAACGAAUAAUAAUCAAGACAAUGCCUUCAAUUACAAGCGUUGGCAAAUGGCCCUCGUCAAACUUGAUCGACUGCUUGAGGUCCAGCGCAAAACCUUUGAUCUGGCUCACAGUCAGUCGCUCAAGUUGAACGAGGAACUUGAGCAAGCGCGUGUCGACAGCGACGAAAAGAUAACAAGUUUCGAGCAAGUCGUACGCGAAACUCUCCUUACCAACGACAGUUUCAGUCAUCUGUCCGGCUAUGUGCAGGACGUUUUGAAAAGGAUGCGUAACAUUAGAGAUGAGUUGUCCGAGAUGCGACUGGAGCUGUUGCUCACCCAACAUCGAUUUGCCGAUCUACAAAAGCAAUCAAAUGAACUCGAAAAUGUGGCCAGUGGAUUCAAACUGCGAGAUUAUCUUAAUCAACAGACAGAGACCAUCAUACUAAACACUAAAAUUGCAGAGCGCACUGCGGAGCUGAAUCGUCUACGCGCGCGAGUCCAUUUUGAUAUGCACGCGCUGGCCCAUGUCAAAUGCAAGAUUCACAUGGAUCGCAAGAACUACUUGAGCUUGCGCAGGCAGCGCGAAAAGUGUGCAGAGACGGUGCACAAAUAUAAAGAUCGCAUCCACCAGGGCAACCAGAGGCACAAUAGCAUUCAACGGCAGCUGUAUAAGCUACGCGAAUCUGGCGAGUUGAUGUUUCAUCCAAUUUUGAUGGAAGACUACGACCAGACGUUGGAGUACCUCAAGGCCAAAUCGGCAUCAGUUGAGAAACUUCGCUCGGACUUUGCUUUCUUGACGAAACGCAUAACUAUAAUGGAUCCAACGAAUGUUGACAUUUUGUCAAUAAAACCUCCAUCACGAUCAGGAACAGCGAACAAAGUGUCAUUUCGUGUAACUGGAGGCAGUAUUUUAUAAAAACAUUUAAUUUCUAUUCUUUUUUCUCUAUUGCUGCACUUUGA